AGGAAGCACGUUUUUUUACAACGUAAGCGGAAAGAGCCGGCAGGAGGGUGAAACCCGGGUCCGACGUGACUUCAAUCUGUCUGAAUAUCCACUACAUAUAAAUACAAGAAAACAUGUCUGGAGACGCAGAAAAAGGAAAGAAGAUAUUUGUCCAGAAGUGUUCCCAGUGUCACACUGUGGACAAAGGUGGCAAGCACAAGACCGGCCCCAACCUUUGGGGCCUCUUUGGACGUAAAACAGGCCAGGCAGAAGGCUUCAGCUACACAGACGCCAACAAAGACAAAGGCAUUAUUUGGAACGAAGAGACCCUGAUGAUUUAUCUUGAGAACCCAAAGAAAUACAUUCCAGGAACCAAGAUGAUCUUCGCUGGCAUCAAGAAGAAGAACGAGCGCGCCGACCUCAUCGCGUACCUCAAAGCUUCCACUUCAUAACCAACUCAUUCUUCUGCACAUMUUUUCUCGGUUUUUCGACCAAACCUCAGGAGACCAAGACUAAUAAUUUUAUUUUAUUUUUUUAAUCAAAACCGCAGGAACCAGAUCCGGUGAUGUUUGCUGAAGUGCUACAGUUCAUCAAACUGUAUAUUUAUUGUUGAUAUCAAUUGUUCUGCUCACCGUUGACUGAACGUCCUCUGGUUUUACUAAGUGUAAAAUUAUUAGUCGAUGUUCUGUGGAUUCAGAAUGUAAGGGAAUGAAUGCAGAUGUAGCUAUUUUUCCUUUUGUUUAUUUCAUAAAUUAAUUUCUUCUGAUUUAAUACCUCAACAAUCCUGCCACUUAUUUUUCCAAUUUAUUUGUAAGAGGAAUAAAAUUUAAAAAUAAACAGUGUAUAUUUCUUAA